AUGUGGAGCAGCGAGCUUGGACUUGCCAUGUUGCUAGAGACACAAGAGGACGACAUCGGGCGUGGAUCCGGGGCACAGGCGGGGAAGAUCCCGAAGCUGAAACAAUCCGAAGUCGUCGAUGCUCUCGGUGAACGGUACAUUUCCCCGCGGAGCGGUGCGUCGAGGACCGACGACCAGGUUCGAUGUCGAUGCGCAACCUCUCCGGGCGUGGUGUAG